AUGCAUGAUGCUAUUCCUGUUAAAAGAAGACUGGAAUUGGUGCUUAAACACAUAAACACUUCCUGCUCUCUGUGUGAUGAAGAAGAAGAAUCAUUUGAACAUUUAUUUCUCAAAUGCCCAUUAGCAAAGCAAGUUUGGUUUGGUGCGGACAUUGCUAUCCAUUCUGAUGUAACUACAGACAUGAGCAUGGCUGAUUGGCUCACAAACUGGAUAAAGCUUUUCAAAUCAAGGUUCACCAUUGAUAUUGAUUUACUGAAAGUCAUAUCUCUUCUAUGGCAUAUCUGGAUUGCAAGAAAUACUCUAGUAUUCAAUAACAGCCCAUGGGAUCCUCAUAUCAUUAUGCAACGCGCCACGAGUUUCACUCAUCAAAACUUUUUGAUCACUUCUAAUCAUCAUGGUAACUUUAUGGAUCCUGCAAGGAACAGAUUGAUUCAGCCAGUGCAUUGGAUAAAGCCUCCCAAUGGCUAUUUAAAAGUUAACUUUGAUGGAGCCAAUUCCUCUCAGAAGUCAGGAGUGGGAAUUGUAGUGAGGGACCAUACAGGUUCUCUCAUCUUUGCACGAGCUAUUCCUAUCAAUUCUCGCUUCUAA